AUCACUUGUAACAACCAUUGAAGAGUUACACACAAAAUGGCAGCUUCCAUUGUGGGAAGGUUCGCUUCCAACUUACGGACUGUUCGAUGGAAUGUGCGCCCUAGUUCCCUGUCUCUUUUAUAUAAACAGUAUUCAGACUCUCCCUCAGAUAAAAAGGAUGUGCCGGGAAAGAAGGCAUCGAUUGAAUCAACUCUUACCAAGUUUGUGAAGGCCGUGGAACUUUGGGAAGAGAAACCGGGCGAAAUUGAAGCGGAAGAGGAGCAACCUGAUGAUGACAGGUCCUUUGCGACUUUGCUUCGAGAUUCCAAACUGUUUCAGCUGGGAGAUCCUUCCGGACGGGUUGUGCUUGGUAAAAUUAUCGAAGUUCAAGAUAAUGACCUUUAUAUCGACUUUGGGGGUAAAUUCCAUUGCGUGUGUAAAAGACCUCACCUCCGACCUCAUGAAUACCGUCGUGGCACUCAAGUAAAGCUGUUACUGAAUGACUUUGAGAUGUCUGCUGCCUUCCUGGGUUCCGUAAAACACGUGACGUUACUGGAAGCUGAUGCUACGUUGAUAGGAUUACGACGAAAUUGAUAAAAAAGCUAUUUGUUUAAUAGAAUAUUAGUGCUUUUGUAAAUAAAUUUAUUUAUUUAGAUUCUU